AUGGACGAAAAAGAAAUCUUGGACAACAUAGACGGCCGCAUGCAUGGACCCAUGCCCGGUUUUAUAGCAAAGUUCUUUGGAGAACCUACCUGCACUCACCGAGACAAUGGAUUGGAGGUCCAGUCAGCUGCUCCAACUCCCGACAGUUUCCUACCAUGGUUUUCAAACUUUGUAUCAGAGAAAUACGACGGUGACCGAGCUUCGUGGCACACAUUCAGCAAUACCGUAACGGCGAAUCAUGAGCAGUCUGAUUUGGGGACAAGUCUCCUCCUGACCAUGCCUCCUUCACCGACCCCAAACGCCCAGACCAGAUGGAGCCAUGCCCAAGUCAUUGGCCUGUUCUAUCAGGACGAAAUCGUUGAUUAUCAACACGGACUGGUGCGUCUCUGCCAGUCCGCCCAGCAAGUCUUUGCUAGUCAGCCUACCCGAUUGUUCCUUCAUGGCUUUUACAUACGUGGUUCACAGAUGGAGCUUUGGCUCUUUGACAGAUCCGGGUUGUAUUGCAGCGAAGUAUUCGACCUUCAGAAAGAUUUCGAUCAAUUUGUCUUCAUCAUGCUCCGCUACGGUCAGAUGACCGAUGAGCAACUAGGAACCCUGCAACGAAUCAAGACUGACGAGGAAGGAAGCUACAUUACUCUCGAGAAUGUGGCAAAUUCAAACUUGGCGAAACUUUACCUAGAAUCCCAGCCGAUUGCCUGCCGUGAAGGCCUUGUCGGAACGGGGACAACCUGCUACCGUGCCAAGCCAUCUGGCUCGAAUCGCUGGAAUUACGUCUUGAAAUUCAAAUGGAGAUGGGUCAGACACCGCCCAGAGGACGAGCUGCUCCGGCUAGCCCAGGAAAAGUGCGGCCGGUACGCCAUCUCCCUCGACCAUUACGAGGAAAUCAAAAGCACGGCAGAGUUGCGCGCAGGCCUCCGCUGGGGGACACAUGCAAGGUUUUCCAGCGAGCAGCACGCGGAUAGCACACGCAGAGACGUUGAAGGCCUGCGUCAACCGACCGGACUAGCCGACUACACGGAGAAAACCGACAACUACUUCCAAAACCGUAUCCUCACUUGUGUCGUUACGUCUCCUGCCGGCAGACCGCUUGACACCUUUCGAUCUCUGCUGGAGCUGCUUCAAGUAUUCCGUGACGCUGUCCAUUGCCACCGAUCACUCUACCGAGACGCACAGAUUCUACACCGGGAUAUCUCUGCAGGCAACAUGAUUAUCCUGGAUAACCAACAAGGGGGCGCGAGAGGGUGA